GGGAGGGGGUUGCUGAGACCCCAUUUGAGGUUUGUUCCCUGAGAGGGACAAGGGAUUAUUCUGGGCUGAGGGGCUGGCCAGAGCAAAGUGGGCAGGGGUUAGGCAGUGGGCUUAGGGGCAGAGGGAAGACAGAGAGCAGGCCCUGCACAUACUGGGUCAGUACUGGGUCAGCAUGUUUUGUGAGAAGGGCCCCCGGAGCCUUUGCUCACUCUGGUUAAGAGUUUCACCUGGGGCCGGCAUUCUUUCUUUCUUUCUUUGGGGUGCCACACCAUUCUCUCACUCCUUUUCUCCCCAUCCCUAAUCUUCUCCUCUCUCACUUCCUGCUCUCUGCUUUCUUCUCUGUCUCUUUCUCAUCUCUCCCCCCCACUCUUUUCUCUCUUUCUCUAAUAUAAAAUAUAUUUUUAUAUUCUGAAAAAAAAAAAAAGUUUCACUUGGGCCUUCAGGAAGUGUCCGGGGAGGUAGGAGGACUUGGACAUUGGACUAUCACUGCCCCACGGCUGCAGAGGUAUGGCUGGAGUAGGCUCUGCAAGGUCUGAAGAGGGCCUGGCACCCUGGAGCUUGGCCAUUUGUCAUAUGCUUUGAGUCCACAGUUUCAGGGGGUAGCUGGAAUGGGUGGGUUAGGAGGCAGGCUCUGAGGUCAAACUCUUCAAGACAAACUGAGCAUUUCAGGGCUGAGAUGACUAACCCCAGUCACCUGGCCAGAGGCUCCUGCUGGUGUCCUUGGAGCAUGGGAGGCUGCUGAGCUUGAGUGGUGGUGUCUGGUAGGAGCUGCGUGUCUCGCCCCAUGGCAGGGAGGGCAUCCAUGGCUGCAGCCAAGGGCAACAAGCCCAGAGUUCGGAGUAUCCGCUUCGCGGCAGGCCAUGAUGCAGAAGGCUCCCAGAGCCAUGUCCACUUUGAUGAGAAGCUGCAUGACUCAGUGGUCAUGGUCACCCAGGAGAGUGAGAGCAGCUUUCUGGUCAAGUUUCUCCUGGAAAAUUCUGCAAGUGGUGCAGCUAGGUCACUGGGUCAGUUGGUCGGCUUCCUGAAGAUCCUUCACAGGUAUGAGAUUACAUUCACUCUGCCUCCAGUGCGCAGGCUGAGCAAGGAUGUCCACGAGGCACCUGUCCCUAGCCUGCACCUCAAGCUCCUUGGCGUUGUGCCCACCUCUGAAGGUUAUAGCGUCAAGUGCGAGUACUCAGCGCACAAGGAGGGUGUGCUCAAAGAGGAGAUGCUGCUAGCCUGUGAAGGGGGUGCAGGCACCUUCGUGCGAGUGGUUGUGCAGGCCCGCGUCAUGGACCGGCACCACGGCACACCCAUGCUGCUGGACGGUGUCAAGUGCGUGGGUGCCGAGCUGGAAUACGACUCCGAGCACAGCGACUGGCAUGGCUUCGACUGAGGCUGGCAACCCUGCCUGCCUCAGGGCCCCUCAGCCUUAAACCUCGCCUCAUCUCCCCAACAUGCUGCGUGAUGGUUCCUCGCCCCUCCCCAGGUUGGGUGUGGGGGUGGCUGUGCAGGGGACUCCAAGCUGGGGCCUUGCCCACAUGUCUCACCUCUGCCUUUGUUUGGGCCACCACCCUGCCUCUCCUGAGUCCUCCUCUCCCACUUCCUCCUCUCCAUGUGCCUCAGUCUCCUGCCAGAGGAAAUGGGUUGAGCCCACAAGGAGACUGUUUGAGGAAGGGAGAGGAGGGUCUGGGGUGGGUUCUACCCAAUCCCCACCCCAAGCCAUAGGGGCUCCAGCCAAGGUCUGGGAGAGGACAGAGCUGGCUCUGUGAUGUCGUUGCCCCAUUUCUGCUGCUGCUCUCUCGCUUCAGCGCCUCUCCUGCCUCUCCCUCUUCCCCCCUGCUGUCCACAGUGAGUAGGAGGGAGGUACAGUCCCCAACUCCUACCCCUCAGGUCUGUGUUAGUUGGUUUUUAAACAACUGGUUGGGAUAGAACCCUAAAGAAAUAAAACUUCCAGUGGAUAC